CCUUUUUCCGAACCGCAACAAAAAUCGAUCCGCAAGCUCGUGCCGACAGCAAAUGUUUUGAUUUGUGUGGAAUUGCCGUGCAAUUCCUAUGUGCGAAACAAAUACGAACCAUUUACCGCACAUUCCACCACACUUGGGAGCAUUCGCAAUCAAUCAAGCACGGUUGCUAUCGAAAGUGAUAAGAGCAAAUAAGGUGUAUGCCCGUAAUGGUGUUGAUAGUGAGGUUGAAAAAUUGAUAAAAAUUCAGCUGACUACAAUCGCGGAAACAGACACAGCACACAUACGGUGAUUUAUUCGGUGCGAUCAAUUGAAAGUGAAUCGAAGCCGUACAGUGUGCUUUCCGUGCACUUUACAUAAACCAAACCUUUGCCGAGUGGGCCAAAGUCCGCUUAAAUCAGCUAAUCCGAACCGGGUCCCCUUUGCGUCAGAUAGAAUGGCAAAAUAUUACGAAAGUUCUACCAUCUAUAACUACUCCUGGGAUCAAGUUAUGCAGGGCUUUUGGAACCGUUACCCAAAUCCGUACAGUUCGCACGUACUCUCGGAGGACACCGUCUGUCGGGAGGUAAGGAAUGGUAAGCUUCAUAGCAAAAGGCUGCUGACCAAGACGAACCACGUGCCAAAGUGGGGCGAACGCUUCUUCAAGGCCAAGUCGGUGAACAUAGUGGAGGAAUCGGUAGUAGAUCCGUACGAAAGGACACUCGUGACGUACACGCGAAACAUUGGCUUCAACAAAAUAAUGAGCGUGGUUGAAAAGGUUGUCUACAAAUCACUACCGGAUCAACCCGGCAAAACCAUCGCAAUCCGAUCGGCCUGGAUCGAUUCGUCCGUGUACGGGUUUGGUACCGCCAUACGAGCGUUCGGGUUAGAUCGGUUUAAGAAAAAUUGCGCCAAAACGGUAAACGGAUUCAACUACAUCCUGCAGCACAUGUUCCCGAACAAUCCGGUUGCGCUGGCGGCGGCCGCUGCCGCCAACAAAGACUACCAGGGUUCGAAGGCACAGAAGCUGCGCGAAGCGGCAAAGCAUGCGUCCGACCACAUGAAGGCACAGGCCGAACAUUUGGUACAAAACCUUUCCGUCAAGGGCUAGGAAGCGUGCGAAACGAAGGAGACAACAGGCGGUGAAUGAGUUGGGCUCCUUGCGUGUACCGAUCGCCGUUUUUGGGAACGAUCGGAAAAUUCCAGCUUUUAUCCGUUUUUGUCCUUUUAUCGCGGCAUCCCCGCUUUACCCCUAAGAGCUGUGCGUAGAGAUAGAGUUUACUAAUAGAGCCAUAAAUAUGGUGACCGCUAGCCGGCACACGGCAUUGCUCCUGCCACUGGUUGUGUGGAAGUCCAAAUCUAUUCCUUACCUCUCUAGUUCAUCCCAGGCAGGUUUGCUUUCUUUUCCGCAUCCUAGCAGUAUUUGUCAUGGUCAUGGUCGUGUGCCCUACCCAUGUUCGAAGGCUGGUCCAUGACGCUACACGCCACACGAGAAAACCAUUACCAAAACGGGGAUUUCCGGGCGGAAAUGUGGUUGGGAUUGUGCAAUCGUCCUAUCACUAAAACGAUCUAUACGAUCUGUUGAUCAUUCCACAAUGAUUGCUGUUGGCUACUGUCGUUGCUGCUGCUGCUGCUACAGGGAGAUAGAAAAAAAAAAAAAAAAACAAACGAUAGUAUAUAGUGUUAAUUAAUGAUUAUGUGCAAGAAGGGCCAUUGACAGCAUUGGUGCAAACCUAGGAAACUCCCAGGAAAUGCGUGUGCGUGUAUUUGUGAACAGUUAGAUUAUUGGACAAGGAUCAUAGUUGUAAUCGAUUUAGAAUAUUCAAUUGUAAUGAUAUAGUAAAGCAUAAUAAAUUCACUUUAAAUUAAAACAA